CCACUUUGAAACCAUAUGGGCCCACCUGGCUUUGGUGGCUGGAAGUCAUGUGACCUCUCUGGUGUUCACAGUUACGAUGAGAUGGCUCUGAAGGACCUCCCCGCCGCCAUAAACCACGUCCUGAAUGUGACCGCUCAGGACCAGAUCUUCUACAUCGGACACUCUCAGGGAACAACCAUCGCAUUCAUGGCGUUCUCAGCGCUGCCGGAACUGGCCAGUAAGAUCAAGCUUUUCUUCGGUUUGGCUCCCGUGGCGACGGUGGCGUUUACCGAUAGUCCGAUGACCAAACUGUCCAUCCUGCCAGACGCCCUCAUCUGGGACCUGUUUGGUAGGCGGGACUUCCUGCCUCAGAACGACUACAUCAAGUGGCUGGCCGAGCACGUGUGCGGGAAGCGUCUGCUCAGCGAGCUCUGUGGAAACAUCUUCUUCGUUCUCUGCGGCUUCGACGAGAAAAACCUGAACAUGACUCGGACUCCGGUCUACACGACCCAUUGUCCAGCCGGGACGUCGGUCCAGAACAUGGUCCACUGGGCCCAGGCAGUUCAUGGAGGAAAACUGACGGCGUUCGACUUUGGAGCCGCUGGAAACAUGAAGCAUUACAACCAGACCACGCCCCCUGAUUACCACGUCAAAGACAUGACGGUUCCCACCGCUCUGUUCUCCGGUGGUCAGGACACUCUCGCCGAUCCCAAAGACGUCGCAGUUCUUCUAACUCAGGUCUCUAACCUGGUCUACCAUCA